AUGACGUCGGACGAGCGUGUCAAGGGCUCGCGGACUAGACGAGCUUGUGAUCGUUGUGCUCGUCUAAAGGCAAAGUGCGACUCUGGAUAUCCCUGUCAUCGAUGCAUCUCUCAAGGUAUGACCUGCCUUUACAACGGUAACCUAGAUCAGCAGAGCGACUCUUUGCGACAGGCCCUGUCGAACACACCAGGUGCCUCUAAUGCUGGCAGGCGCGUUUCUUCUCCUAGGAUAUUCAUGAUUCCUCAAGUCCCACCCCAGCGGUCAGUCGAGGGUAGCGAUGUGCUGGCAGCAAGGGCUGCCAGAGGGUCAUGCGUAGGCCUGGCUGAUCGGUUCGACGGUGACUCCGAGUGCGACCUGGAACAGAUACCAUUUUUGCAGGAGCUUGCUCUUGCCAGCGACUUGACGUGGGGCUUCGAUGUGCCCUCUUUACCCCUGUUCCCACCAUUUACCGUUGAUGGUGCGCUGGACUUCAUGCUUGAGCCGCGCAUCGAAGUCUCCACUGGGAGGCUUAGCGAACCUGGCCUGAGUUCUCAGUCGCUGGAACAGCUGGAUCUGUUGCAGGCAAAAUGCGGCGCGAUUCAGGCCUUGCUCCAAGGGCUAGGACCGGAGGUGCCCGAGGACGUUGUGGCGAGGUCAAUUAACCGGGACAACUUGCUGCAGGCGUUGCAACUCUUCGGCAGAAACUUCCAACAUCACGUACCUCUCCUCCAUGCUCCCACCUUUGACUUAGCGACGGCGUCGCCGCUGCUCGUGCUGGCCAUGUUCACUGUAGGGGCUUGCUACACUGAUAUCGUCCGCCCGGCAAAGUACAUAUUUUCAAUGGCCAUGCGAGUCUUGAUUAAUGUCGAGAAGCAGCAACACGAGAUUAACAUGGCUGAGCCUCCGCUAUCCUCAAUCCAAGCGAGUAUUGCGGCAUGUUCGGUUCUUGGAAGCUCGCAAGAUGAAACUGCUCACAUGGCCUUUCCGUUAUACUUUGCGCGUAGCAUUUCUAUGGCGAGAAGGGCCGCAAUUUUCGACGCAAGCCCCCCAAUAGAUUACACAACGUUGACAGAACAGACUUUCGACUGGCAUUUGUGGGUUGAGCGCGAGACUCGCAUCAGAAUCGCAAAUGUCUUGUUCUGCCAAGACGUGGCCAGCUGCAUUUUCAUGGGCACGGCGCCGACAUUCUCCCCGCUGGACCUCGACAUUGAGCUUCCUUGUUACGAGAUAUGUUGGAGCUCUCGAUCUGCCCGGACGUGUCUUGAGCAUUUGCAAUCUGCGCCUCCGCAGCUGAGACUCUCGUCCACGUUCCUUCAGCUGCGGACAGCAUCACUCCCGCUUGAGCGACACCCUCGGUUCGAAGUGUCAGCUUUCGGGAUGUUUACGUUGGUAAAAGCCCUGCAUUGUCUCGUCUGGGAGGCAACUCACUACGACUUGGACCGUGAUUUGAACCCAUGCAGUCGCGAUCUCAACCCGUCAUGGUGGAUAAUUAGCCUGGAUCGCCAAGUCGCCAGCGAUUUCUCAGGUCCCAACAUAGUUCAAUUGGCGGCGCGAGUCGCUCGCCUCGGGAACUCAAAUACCUUUGAUGGUAUCAAUCGGGUGCUCGAUGAAUGGCUCGCCGUUUGGGAGAGAAGGAGCUGGCGCGACUCCGACUAUGAGAAUCUUGCCUACUCACUGGAUCCAUUGCCCUUCUGGUGGCUGGCGAAGCUAUUCGUACUUCUUCACUGUGGCAGGGACUAUCUUUCCGUUGACAGCGAAUUCACAAUAGCUAACAAGACGGGAGGGUCUUUUCGAAACAGUUACUCCUCACAGGCGACGAUCUUUCGCUGGCUCAGCAAGCUACGGCAGAAGAAGUCGGCGGACCAGACCCAAAAAGUAGAGUCACUGGCAAGUUUAAUGGUUCCUAUGUAG